AUGGGGGUGCUGCGAGCGCUCCGAGGUGGGGACCGGCACCACGCUCAGCACCACGCCUGCCAGCACGCUGGUGGGGGGGACAGGGACCUGCUGGUGCCCAUGUUCUUGGCACAGGGAGAGCCAGGGUCACGCGCUUGGGGCCAGCCCCAAGCUGCCCCGGGCUGCUCUUCCCCAGGCUGCACAGAGCCGGCUCCACCGGCCUCUCCUGCGGGCCCAUGCUCCGGCUGGGGAGACGUUUGCCCGACUCGGGGCCCGUCCCUGCGGCUGCUGGAGCGAUGCAAACCCUCGGUUGCUUUCCUUCCAGGUUUCUUCACUUGUGUAGGUGCCCAGUCGGGACCUGCGCGUGGUGAGGACGGUGGCAAGGCGGCCGGGUCUGUCCCUGUGGCCAUCGCUACCUUUGCCACCGUGGUGACUUCUCUGUUGAACCGGCUGCAAGACGCCGAGGGCAGCAGAGCGGAGACCUACCGCGAGCUGGAGAGCGUCUUGUGGGGCGACGAGAGCCAUCUGCAGAGCUCUGAGGUGGACAGAGUGAUAGCAGUGGCGUUGGAGGACCUGCGAGCGGCCCAGGGUGGGACGGCCUCCGUGAGGACGGCGGCUAGUGAUGUCCUGGUGGCGCUGGCCCGCUCCCACUUGUGCGACGUGGUGUCGGCGCUGCAGGGCCACCUGAAGGCCCUGGAGGAGACGUCGGAGGAGUUUGUCCUCAUCACCCUGCGCAACCUCGCCACACGCUACGCCCUGCAGUGCGUGCCCUUUGCGGCAACGACACUGUCAGCCCUGCGCGGCGUGCUGAGCGAGGUGGGGAGCGGCCGGAUGCUGUGUGCCGUCUGCGGCGUUCUGGAGCAGUGGUGCAGCGGCAUAAGCAUGUACUUCCGCGAGGGGGAGAAAGGUGCCUUCCCUCGCCUGGGGCCUGCCCAGCUCUGUGCCCACGUUUACCCGCUCUUCUGCUACGUGAGCAGAAAGCGGCGGUGCUGCGAGGAGGAUGAGGCGAGUGUUGCUGCUCUCACAGCCGUGGGCAGCAGUGGGGAUGUCCGCGGGGGCUGGUGGGGUUGUCCGCAGCACUGUGCGAGGGGCCAAAGGGAGCAGGCUGGUCGGGAAAGCGCCCCGAGCCGGGAGUCCGGGGACUGGGGGCUGCCUUCUGGGAAGCGGCCGAAUGCCAGGGCCUUUUGA